GAGAGAGAGAGAGAGAGAGAGAGAGAGAGAGAGAGAGAGAGAGAGGGCUUGUGCCUCUCCCAAUGCAGACCGUACUGCAAGGCACAGCACAGCGCGGGAGAGUGCACACGUGGAAUCGACUCUCAGCUGAUGAACUACAGUCUAUCUAACUAAGGAGCUGGGCUUUGUCUUAAAAUACAUUUUUCUUGUAGGCGACAGACAGCUCAGCUUUCGCGUCCAGUCAAUACUUGACACUCACCCAGAGAGUUUGAUUACCAACUGGAUUGACUGACUGACAGAAGUGUGUGAGAGAGAGAGGAGCAAGCCGGAGGGAUAUACAAGACGCCCUGGAGUAUCUGACCGGUGGAAAGAUGACAUCCAAGUCAUCCAGGCAGGGCAGACCCUCCUCGGCAGGGUCCAAGCAGCCCUCUCAGAGGAAGGAGUGCCCGGCAGGUAAUCGCUCCUGUAUGCUGCGGGUCGGGGAGAGGCUUAUGAGGGCUGGGAGUGAGGGGAACCUACAUGCUGUGAGACCCAAACCCGCCCAGCAGACACCACUGGAGGGGGGACACCAAAAGUCUGGCUCCAUCACAACCAAAGAGUCAGGAAACAACAACCGAAGACUGUCAUCACCUGAGGAUGUAAAGCGCCUCCACAGACAUCAGAACCUAGAGAACCAGAACCACCACUCUGAGCCACACUCCCCUAGCACUGUCCCCAGGAGGUACACCAUCGGAGGGCAAGGGCACCGCAGCACCAGGGACCCCCUGACCAUGCAGCACGCUGACAUAGAGAGGAAGAAAGAGGUGUUCCUGGAGCACCUGAAGCAGAGGUAUCCUCACCAUGCUGCUGUCAUCAUGGGCCAUCAGGACCACCUCAUGGGCCAUCAGGAUCGCCUCAGAGAUGUCAGGAGCCCCCCGCAUUCUGUCAGCCCCCCGCCCGGUGUAGGGGAGCAACUAGAGCACCUCUCCGUGGUCUCUCUGGAGUCUAAGGAGACCAUGUCAGAGGGAGAUGGUCCUGCUGCCUUCACCCGGGGCUGUCGGGCACGGGCCAGCCUGCCGGUGGUCCACUCUGCCAACCAGACCAGGGACAGAUCACUAGGUGUGCUGUACCUGCAGUACGCAGAGGAGACCAAGCAGAUCCGGAUGCCCAAUGAAAUCACCAGUGGAGACACCGUCAGGGCUCUGUUUGUGAGUGCCUUCCCCCAUCAGCUCACCAUAAAGAUGCUGGAGUCUCCCAGUGUGGCCGUCUACAUCAAGGAUGACACAAGAAAUAUAUACUACGAGCUAACUGAUGUCAGAAAUAUCACACCUGGCUGCUGUCUGAAGGUGUACCACAAAGACCCUGCACACGCCUUCAAUCGCAGCAACGCAAGGUCCAACAAUGCCGACGGCGGGAUACCAAGAGAGAUACUGUAUGGAAGUCAUAGCCCUGUCCACACUUUACAAUCCACCCGCAUUCCUACCCACGCCAUUCAGGGGUCCAUGUCUCCCCCCAUGGCCCGCUCCAUGCCCUCCUCCCCCUCCAGGAUCCCCUAUGGUCGCCAGGCUGGGGGAGGGGUGCCAGGCAGUGCCACCCUCCCCAGGGCCAGCAUGUCCAGCGGGCCACCCAGCAGGUCCGUCACCCCCUGCCCCAGCGCCAUCCUGGAGAGAAGAGAUGUCAAACCUGAUGAGGACCUGAGCAGUAAGAGUAUGGCGCUGGUGCGUGCCGGCGGGUUGUAUGUCAACGUCACUGACCCCUAUGCUGUCCAGGAGGGCCGGCUGAGUAUCGCCUCCUCACAGGGGGGCAGCCACAUGGGGGACGUGGUCGACAUGGGUGGUGGCCUCCUCCGGGCUUCGGGCAAGUCCACAGCUUCCUAUUCAGAGAACCCAGAGCAGCAGCACUCCCUCUACAGGCAGAAGUGCCGGAGAUAUGGUGAAAACCAGGGACUACCGACGUUCGGCACCAAAACGCCACCACCUUCCCCUCACAGAGUGAAUGAGGUCAGGAUGAUUGACAACCAUGGCCCUGUGGCCCCGGAGAGAGGGUCUCCUAUUCGCCGGUCCCUGCGGAGGGAGAGUAAUGGUAAUACUGUGGAGGUGGUGAACAGGACCAGGGGUGGUGUGUCCUCUGUGUCCUCUCCUGUGUUCCUGGAGUUCCCCCCAGGGCACCAUGGCGACAAAUUGUUCCAGGGUCCCCUCACCCCCAAUGACCCUCAGACCAGUGAGAGAAUGAAGGCCAUGGAACAACAGAUCGCCAGUCUUGCUGGCCUUGUUCAGCAUGCACUUUUUAUUGGGCCAGCUGAGAGAGAUGGGAGGACUGCUUCUCCUUUUCAUGUAAACAACAGUGCAGGAGUGUCACCAGUUCCUGCAGCCAGAAGCCCUGCCCUCCUGGCAGACGCCGCCAGUGCUCUAGUCUCUCAGGCCCAUCCCCCUGAUCCCGCCCUGCAGGUCACACUGACCACUGUCAGGAGGAACGUCACUGAUCUGCGACAGCAGCUGCACCAUCUCAGACAGCUACAGAUGCAGAACCAAGACAGUGUGAGGGUGAUGCUGAAGAGAGCGGAGCAGGAGCUGACUGGGGUUAUGUCUGAGACCUUACAGAGACAGCAGCAUGAGACAGAGCCUGCCCAGAGACAGAGGACCACAGUGGAUGAGGAGAGACACAAGUACCUGGCCAUGGAGGAGAGAGUACUAGCCCAGCUCAGGGAGCUGGAGGAGUACGUAGACUGUCUGAGAAGAGACGUGUCCUCUUGCCCAGGUCAGCUGUCAGUCACCCUCAGGGAUGUGGAGGAGGGAGCUGUCAACCUCAGGAGGGUGGGAGAGGUCUUGGCUGGGCUUAAAGGUGAGUUUCCUAGCCUCCAGGGGAAGAUGCGGACAGUUCUGCGUGGGGAGGUAGAGGCAGUGCACUUUCUGAAGGAGGAGCCUCACAAGAUGGACAGCAUGCUUAAGAGGGUCAAAGCCUUGACAGAAGCUCUCAGCGGUCUCAGAAGAUGUGUCACAGAGAAUCAUCCUCACGAUCCCGAGCCUGGAGCAGCCAAAGCAUUCAUAGAGGGGGCUGUAGUAGAGCCUGCCAUUGCCCAGUCCGAUCCCCCACUGAGGAAUCGCCCCACCGUGGAGUCCCCCAAUCCCCAGCCCAGGUCCUCUGUCAGACCGCCCCUACCCCAGCUUCAGGGCCAGAACCCCGCAGUCAGGCCAGACAUGGCCCCCACGUCUCCUGUCGUCAUCCACCGUGUGAAGAGCUCUCCCGUCGAUAUGCAACCGUGUCAGCACUCAGUGGCCCUGCCGCACCACCACCACCCCAGCCCCCCCGCUGACCCCCACCCAUGGCCGAGACUCCCCCACCGUGGCCAAGGUCAGUCCCCGCAGUCGGGAGAACAGCCCAGCCCUGCAGAAGAGAAUGAUCACCUGGUGCGGAGAUGGACCGGCCCCCACGGCUUCUGCCAGUUCUCUCAGAAAGCUGCAGAGAGAGAGGGGGACCUGGAUGAGGGGAGGCCACCACAGAGAUCAGCCACCCCUGCUGGGAGUCAGUUUGAGCAGAUUCUCCAGGAGGCCAAGGCCAGCCUAAUGAUGGCCAUCCCUGACUUAGAGUUUUCCGAGACGGGGAGGAGUGAGUCUCAGUCUCCCAAUCCACACCUAGCUCCAGACCAGCCAUCUAUCCCCCAGACCCUCCCAGACCCAAAGAUGCCCCUCAACACUCCACUGCUAGACAAGAUGGAUGUUCCUGAACCUACUGAGGCAUCUCUUCCAGAACCCACUGAGCCAGCUAAUGUGGCUUCUGAGAUGACUGUUCAGGGCAGCCCUGAGCGACCACACAGGCCUAUGGUUGAGAAGCCUCGCAGGCCCAGUGUGGAAAGAGAGAUGAGGAACAGCCCAGAGAAAGCAGGGAAGUCCCCUCCACCGCCCCCACCACGGAGGUUCUUCACCUCACCAUCAAGCCCAGGGCUGACCACAGGGAGGUCUGGAGAAGUCGUCUUUACUACCAGGAACGAAGCUGCCACCACACGGGACGAUGAAGAGGAGGUGUUCCUUCAACCCAGUCCCAAACCCACCAGACAGCCCCCAGAGGUCAAGCCCAAGCCCCAAACCACAUCUGUUAUCACAGCCUCAGCUGAGCCAGAGGAAGAGGAGGAUGAAGAAGAGGAUGAGGAGGAUACAUUCAUGAAGGAACUACAGGUGUUUCAGAAGUGCACUCUUAGAGAUGUAGGCACAAAGUGCGUUGUAGACCUCACAAGCACUGCAUCACAAGUCAGACAGAUAGAACCAGAGCUCUCCCUUUCACCCAAAGUCCCUAAGGAGAGUCAGGAGAACCAGGGUAAAGACAAAUGUGUGCUCAACACCGAUGAAAACAGAUUUGACACUGUACCAAAGUGUACCAGGGUCAUGUAUUAUGUUAUGGGACAGAUAUCCAAUGAAAAGCUUCCAUCGGGAAGAACAGACCAAUCGGAAGGGAGAGAGGGAACAGUGUCCCCCUCACAGGUGGCAAACACAAAUAUGCUUGACUCCCAGCAGCUAGAGUUACUAACAGCAGAUGAGUCACCUCUAGUGGUGGAGUGCGAAGAUUGUCCUCCUGAAACACAAAAGAUAGCAGUUGGAGAAGAUAGUGAGAAGGCGAGCCUCGUAGAUGAGAAUGAGCUGAAGGAUCCUGUUGAGAGUCAGAAAGAGGAGGUGGCUGAACCUGUGUGUUCUACAAUACCUGCAGAGAAGAAGGACUUACCUGCACCUACCGAAUUCAGCACUCAUCCUGCUAACAGUAUACCAUCAUCUCCACCAGUACCAGUAAAUCAGUCUAUGACUAUUAUAGCUCAGGAGGGUUCAGGUAGUCCAGUGUCUCCUCCACCAGUAGAGAGUGUGAACCUGGAUGACAGCCAGAGCCAGCAGGUAGUAUUUAGGUCAUCCAGAGGCAGAGCACCACGGUAUGUAGAGGAGAGCAGCAGCCUGAGCCCUGACCUCCCCGACGAGGAGGGCUCUCCUCCCCCUGAGAACAUCUCCUUCAUGAUGAUUACCAGCAACAGAGUGCAGGCUCUGUCCACCAGGCAGUACCAGGAGAUAGUAAGUAGGACCAACGGGUCCGAGGUUCAGACCGUCAAGGUGGGGAACGACACCACUACCAGCGUCAGCCAGGAGGAGCACUGUGGCUUCGAUAGGAAGCCUGUGAUCAUCAUAUUCGAUGAGCCCAUGGACAUCCGGUCGGCCUACAAGCGUAUGUCCACCAUCUUUGAGUGUGAGGAGGAGCUGGAUGUGAUGCUGCACCAGAAGAGCAUUGAAGAGGAGAACGAGGAAGCAGAGAAGAAUGUACCUCAGGUAAAGCCUAACACUGAUCUCCAACAGGCAAAUAAGACAGCAGUGACAGAAAACACUGCAAACGGUCACAGUAAUUCUCCUGCUGUGGUUGCGCAACAGACAAGUACAUCAGAGUGCUCAUCGCCAGAACAGUCUAAAACAGAGUCCUCAAAUGACAGCAAACCAGAGUCCAAAAAUAAGUUCAAAUUCAAGUUCCCAACAAAAAAGCUGGCGGCCAUCAGCCAAGCGAUUCGCACUGGGACCAAAACAGGCAAGAAGACGCUCCAGGUGGUGGUCUAUGAGGACGGGGAGGACGGACACAUGAAGGAGACCAAGAGGUUUGAGAUCAACAGCAGCAAACCCCAAACUGACUCCAAUCACCUCACCACUGUGAAUAACGUAAUGUCAUCAAGCACUCUCGCCUGGUCAAACUCUAAACACAGAACAGAGGCGAUCUGUAAGAACACCUACGAGUCCAGAAACAGUUUAGAUGAGACCAUUAAAAAGCGGGAGAUCAUCGUGGAUAAUAUAAGCCCCUCUGCACUUAAGAUAGACUCCUGUGAAGAGUCUCCAUCCACUAUGAAACUCAAACAAGAGAGGGAGGGCAGUCCCUCCAAGAGGUCUGCCCCUCCUCAGGUCUCUAAGUCCCUUAAUCCUCAGAGUAAGAAGUCCAAACCACAACUUCCACAGCUUCCCAGACCGUCCAUCACGAGCAGCUCCAAGAAACAGAAUACCAGUGGCUCUCCUUCUUCAAGUCAGAUGUCACGUUCUGCAUCUGCAAAGUCCUGGCAGCAACCAGCCGGGUCAGCUGACAAACCAGGAGGAAAAGCUCAGAAGCUCCAGGGCAAUCAGAAGCAGUUUCGACAGGUAGUUUUACUAUAAGAUGGCCUGUGUCAGGAAGUAUUGGAGCAACCACUUUCAUGAUGUAGAGAAGUGCGUUCAUGUAAAGCAUUGGAAACUGUACAAUUAUGAGAUGUUUGUUGAAUCCAUGCGUUCUCUGUCUUGUUCUCCUAUGUCUUCAAGACCUUUUGACUUACCAUAUGUACCCUCUUCACGUCUAUAUGCUCCAUGAGCAUGCUCAGCAUGUAACUUUCAGUCCCUUGGAGAUGGAGACAAGGAUAGAAGAUUGCCAAGGACAUAUUUACUUCACUUUUUGAAGAUCUCCUUGAAUUAAGCAUUUUCAUUUUUUUGCAAACAAAUGCGAUUCUCUAAACUUAAACUAAAGCAACUCAAAUGAUCCAUGUAAAUUCACCCUUUGUCAGCUAUCCAAGUAUUCUUUAACCCUCUUCAUCUCACCCUGAGUAGCAUGAUAUUUAUGUCAUAAACAUUGCGUGUGCUUGAUGAGUAAGUGCAUUUAAUUGGUUAAUUAGUGGGCAUCAUUAACCCUUCAGAUCAUUUCCUGACUUCAUCUGUUUCCCUGUGGUUGUUUAUAUUUUCAAUUAAUCAUAUAUUUUUUUGUGUAUUUUAGUGCCAUCUGUUUGCUUUGUAAAAUUGUUUAUUUAUCUUUGUAUAAUAACACUUCUUUUGCCUUUCUUGACAUUCCAUGUCUCCUGCCAUCUUUGUUUCGCAGGCCAUCAGAAGUACUAAGAAAGCAGGUGGGGAUAGUAACCAUUCUUUCCUUGCUUUACCUGCUUCUAAGAUCCCAGCCUUUUGUCAUAGCUCUGGAAAAAACACGUCAUCCCCAGAUCCUAACUCAGUGCCUAACCCUAUUAAAUCACCUUCAUCCUUCCCAUCCUCCUCACACAAGUCUUUCAUCCCGUCUCUUAAUCUGAGUCGUCUCGUCCCUCCUAGCCCGUCUCUCAAUGACAGACGUCAAAAUCUUUCCCUCUCGUCUCAAACCCAAAAUGGCCGACCCAGCCAUUUCUCUUACUGCUCAUCUUCCUCUUCCUCCUCCAACUCCCCCUCUUCCAACUCAUCCUCUUUGUCCCCCACAUCCACGUCCUCCACCUCAUCCUCCCCUCCCUCCUCUCCCCGACUGCCAUGAGUCAAGGUGCAAGGAGUAUCCACCGCAUUGCACAUAUACCCAGCUUCACCGGUCACAAGAUGCAGUGUGGACACAGCGGCAAAACCACACAAACACCAGCAGCUUCUUUAUCCAAGGACACAUCAUGUUCUUUUUAUAUCUAUAAAUUACAGUGGAGGGAAAUGCUGUUUUCAUGGCAACAUAAUACAAUUGCAGGGCAGUCUUGUUUCUCUCUAUCUCCAUACGUUUUUGAUAAUGAACAGUUUGAAAAAGAAAAUACAUUGACCUUGUUUUCAUUCAAAACUCACUUUGAGCAAGAGGAUCUUUUUAUUUCUGCCUCAGCUUUUGUAUGAUGAUAACCAUAUUAACAAGAUAACUACUUUGCAUUACAAAUGAUCAACACAAAAAGGUGCAAACAUUCUAGAAUUAAUGCUAAUGCAGUUUAGUGGUGCUGGAAAUCUGUAUUUUAUUUUUAUUGCUGUGAGAAAUCUUUGGUUUAAUUGAUGGUGUUGAAUAUAAUGUAUAUUUUAUAAGAAUUUGAGUGACAGAUAAUAUGCAGAUUUGAUCUAAAAUAACAAUUUAUUAUAUAAGGAAAUCAAAUGAUUUUGGGGAUAGAUAUAGUAUAUUGCAUCUAGCAUCUGUCAUUCGCUUGUCAUCUGUCAGAAUCUCUUCUAUGCAAUGAUCUUAGAUUUGUAGAGUGUGAGUGGAACUUGGUGAUUUCUUAAGCUUCCUAUGCACUGCCAAAUUGUUUGAGCUAACAAGAUAGCUAUAGAGGACUUUUAUGGCAGUAGAUGUGGUAAAUGCCAAAGUAUUUGGUUUUAUUUGGUUUUACAGACCAUGUAUCUAAGACAUGCACUGUGUGGAUGUUGUAAUGUUUUCCUUUGGGAUGGCACCUACUUAUUUUAACCAAAUAGCUUACUGUGAUACUCUUAUAUUCAUAUCAGUAACUGGUGUUUACAUUCAUACUUAGUGACAGAAGUUUACAUACAAGUACAUUAUAGAGAUUUGACAUAUUUAUCUGUAAUAUUAGAGAACUAUUGUGUUUGCACAAUCUAUUUAGUGUUCUCUGAUUUUGUAAAGCUGUAAACCAUGUUGUAAAAAUGUAUUGUGGAAUGAAAUACUUGUGAGGUUGAAAAACUAAUAAAGGGCUUUCUGUUAGUGA